GUGCCGCGGCUCCGGGAGCCGGCGGGGGCGCCGGGGCCGUGGAGGGGGGCGUCCAUGGAUCGCCACUCCAGCUACAUCUUCAUCUGGCUGCAGCUUGAACUCUGCGCCAUGGCGGUACUGCUCACCAAAGGUGAAAUCAGAUGUUACUGUGAUGCAGCCCACUGCGUGGCUACUGGUUAUAUGUGUAAAUCUGAGCUGAGCGCCUGCUUCUCCAGACUUCUGGAUCCUCAGAACACCAAUUCCCCGCUCACCCAUGGCUGCCUGGACUCCCUAGCAAGCACAGCGGACAUCUGCCAAGCCAGACAGGCUCGCAACCACUCCGGCAGUCCCUCGCCCUCCUUGGAGUGCUGUCACGAAGACAUGUGCAACUAUAGGGGGCUACAGGACGUCCUCACCCCACCCAAGGGGGAGGCCUCAGGACAAGGGAAUAGGCAUCAGCACGAUGGUAGCAGAAACCUCAUCACCAAAGUGCAGGAGCUGACGUCCUCCAAAGAGCUGUGGUUCCGGGCGGCGGUGAUCGCAGUUCCCAUCGCCGGGGGGCUGAUCCUGGUGUUGCUCAUUAUGCUGGCCCUGAGGAUGCUGCGGAGCGAGAACCGGAGGCUGCAGGAGCAGCGGCAGCAAAUGCUCUCGCGUUUGCACUACAGCUUCCACGGGCAGCACUCCAAAAAGGGGCAGGUGGCGAAGCUGGACUUGGAAUGCAUGGUGCCCGUGAGCGGCCACGAGAACUGCUGUCUGACCUGCGACAAGAUGAGACAGGCCGACCUCAGCCACGACCGCAUCCUGUCGCUGGUGCACUGGGGCAUGUACAGCGGGCACGGGAAGCUGGAGUUCGUAUGACGGGGCCUCGUGGAACUGGACGUCUGGGACCCUCUUGAGUUCUGCUGGGCGGGAGCACUUUAUCUGAAGAGAAAACUAACUCGCGUCAUCAUCUGCGAGAGACGGAAUGAGCUCUGCAAACGGAAUCUUGGCUAUUUCUUCUGAAGGAUUAUUUGCACAGACUUAAAUACAGUCAAAAUGUAUUAUUUCCUUUAAAAUUAUUAAAAAGCAAAGAGAGGACUCUGUACACUGUUACCAGGGUUAUUUGCAUUCAGAGGGAGCUGGAAUUGAGUACCUAAAUAAACAAAUGUGCUCUCUGUAAGCUCCUACAUCUUGAUUUAUUGUAAAGAUUUAAAAUAUAUAUAUAUAUAUAUUUUGUCUGAAAUUUAGUGGUGUCUUGUCAUAAAUUAAAAACUAAGCUGGAAGGGCAAGGAACUACGUGUUAAUUAUAGAAGUGAAGACCUAUGAUUGCUCAGUGUCGGAUCUCAACUAUAGAUUUUGGCUUGACUUUUUUUUUUAACAAGACCAAGAUCUUGUUUGUUCUUCCAUGGCCCAUGUGUCAUUUUCUUACAGCGUGGAGAAUUUCUAAAUGUGUACUGCCCAUCAUUCAGUGUCUUACCCACAGUUUUUUGUUAGGAUAAUGCUGGUUUUAGCUUUCAUCUAAGAGAAAUUGGAAACUUAUUUAUACCGGAGUCAUGUAUCAUUGAUCAGUUUCCAAAGUUGCCUUAGCAAAAGGUGAUACUUAUCAGCUUGGUCCAGGUGCUCUGGAAUAUGUUUUUAAAUGUGUCUCUACCUCCAAUCAGAAAAGGAAAAAAAACCUACUAAAUGAAUCUUUUUUUCAAAGUUAAUCACUGUCUACUUUUACUGUUAAUUAAUUCAUCAGUUUAGUCUGGGCUUAAUUAAAUAUUUUGCGCCCCAAAUUAGCCAAACAUCGUCUCAUGCUCAUAGUUUUUAAACCUUCCUUCAACACAGUGUUAUAACAAUAAUUUUUUUUACUUCUGAAUCUUAGAUUUUCAAUAGUGAACAUUAUAUGUCAAUUAAGAUUUAAAUAAUAAUUUCUUCCCCAAAUGAUUCUUUUAUUAAUAUAAUCAAAUAGACUGUUGAUUUUAGCCACUAACACACUAAAUAAUAGUGUUUCCACUCCUGGAGGACUUUGGCAAUAAAGCCCAGCCUGAAUUUAAAGCUAUGCCACAUGUGUACUUUUCCUCUAAAAUGGGUCUUUAUUAUCUUAAAUAUGAGAAUAAUUUGUAGGUUCUUUUCUUGAUUCUUUUGUAUAUUUGAAACUUUUGCUUAAAAAUUAACCUAUAGCCUGCAUAUUUGAGUACCUGUGGGGUUUCCUUUUAUGAAUGUUAAAAGGGAUUUUUUGCAUAUAUUCGGGGAUAUUUUAUGACCAGCAUAAUUUGGGUCCCUUAAGACAGGUGCCAUCACCCAGUUGAUGGAAGAAUCUGAGUUGAAAUGAGUAGUCUAAAAAUGAAUACCUAGGUUAUUUAAUAACUAAUAAGCCACAGCCCCAAAUAAGGCUAUGGAAUAAAUAUGCAUUUUAAUAAAUGACAACAUUCAUAUUGUG